GGGAGCCUGUGAGCCACUCCAGUUAUGGCGGCCGCCGGGCAGGCGUGGGGAACGAGCCACCCUGGCGGUGGGUCGUUGGAGCGAAUCGCCAUGGCCCUAAGGUUGCUGUUGAGCCCCGGAGGAUCAGAUUCAAGUUCGCUGCAGAUCGCAAAACAUAGUAUUCUGUUGGAUACUUUGAAAGCCAACCUGGCUGCUUUGGAGGCAAACUUUGAGAAGGAUUCUCAGUGGAAGGAACUGAGGAGCUUGAGAAGCGACAUUGCUAGUAAAGCAAAGUGGCCCCAGGACUCUGAAGACGCGACAUGGAGCUUUACUUCGCAAAUCUUGUUAUUACUCUUGUGUCUGAAGCAGAAGAUGAUCCUUCUGGCGGCCGAUUUCCAGCCACCCCAGCCCAACCCCAGGACGGCAGAAGUAGCUCCUGCCCUCGGCCCCGACACCCUCAGUAUCUCCCAGCAGAAGACCGUUCAGUCUGCGUUGCAGUUCGUGGUGACGCUGGGAAUCUGUCCGUACCUCUUGCCUGGUGUCGGCGUCCCUCUGAGGUGUAGGUCAGAGUUUGGUGCUGUUGUGCAGGGGACCGUCACCCUUGCCACAGCCCCAAGCGCGGGGCGAAGGUUGUACACUAGCUGCACUGUUCUCUUAGAUGUUGCACAGCAUGCAUCCCUGGGCAACCUCGUUCUCAGCCGUCAUCUUGGGGACAUUGUGGCCGGACUCUGCCAGUUGGGAUUUUGCCCCGUGAAAGUACAAGGGGAACCUGCAAGGUCUUUGGAAGAAUUGAAGGGCCUGAGCGGAGAGGAAAGAGAUGGGGCAAGGGAGGCCAUGAGGAGCAUAUUGGACCGAGUCUACCAGCCUCUCGUUGUCCGGGAACUGCUGCUUCUCCAGGGUGGACCUCAGCAGAGCUCCGAGUGCUCCAGAGAUGGGACAAGACAAACCUUUCCUCGAGCCCCGGCCUGGUUGCGACGUCUGUGCGGGCAGUUGCUCUCGGAAAGGCUGAUGAAACCCAAUGGCGUCCAGGCUGUGGUCCAGGGCAUUGUGGAAGGAGCAGGUGCGGGACUAGCUGGAGGCCGUGAUGCUGAAGCAGCCGCUGCUGAUUGGCGAAAGUGCGACCUGGUUGCUAGGAUACUGGCCUCUUGUCCUCAGCAGUCCCUCUCACCGGAGGAUUACUGUCAGCAAAUCUGUCCCCAGAUUCUGGAUUUGUUACACAUUCAAGAUAAAUUGACAGCUCGCCAGUUUCAGAGGGUUGCUACCACUUCCUUCCUAACCAUAUCAAAAGAACAACCGAAACUGGCAGUGAAACACUUGCUUGAGCCAAUGUUAGAGCCAAUCCAUCGCUGCCUAAAUACAGCAGACAUGCUAAACGAAGACUCAGUACCAGGAACUGUGCUAGUGAAAGAGGAAGAACUAAGUCACUGCAUUGAAGAUGUGUUUAAGGUGUAUGUGAUUGGGAACGAGCCUAUUGUACCGUUGCUAGAAUCCCUGCAGCCACUUCUGGGUGUGAUUUUUUCUCUUUACUGUUUUACAAGACAAGGUGUGUCUCCCUUAAGAUCCCCAUGUCAAGAGAUCUUGCGGUGGAUUCUGGAGAAAUUGGAGCGACAGGCAGCUAUUGCAACCUUGAAAGGAUUUGCUGGGUUGGAGAAAUCCAUGCCCGUUCUUCACCCUCUCUGCCAGUUUACAGCUGCCAGUCACGGUGGAACUAUGGUCACUGUAAAAGAGGCCAUCAGUGAUGAGGAUGAGGCAUUGUACCAAAAGGUGACCUCAGAGCAGUACCAGGUAGAAUACUUGGUGGACUUGCUCUCACACUGCCAGCAGAGUGGCUUAGCAGGGGAUUUCUUCAUUUCCUGUUUAAAGGAGCUGACUUGUGUGGCUGUGGAGGACGAUGUAGAGUCGGACUCUGAGUCCGUCGCCAACAAGAACCUCUUGGACCUGGAACAGAGCAACACAAGUCGCAUUGCACGGCAGGAGAAAAAACUGCUCAUCUUGCAGUUAGUGGCUGUUCUUUGUGAGAAAGCGUCUGAGACGAUAUUCAUGGACAUCAGCCAAGUGGUAGAGUUUGUGGCAGUAACAUUACAGCGAGCAUGUGCCAGCUUGGUCCAGGAAUCUAAGGGUACAGUGGAAGCUGAGACCCUGAGCAUGUCAAUGGGGCUAGUGGCUGCCAUUUUGGGAGGGGUGGUGCAGUUGAAGUCAGCUGACUUUACCAUCCUAAAGCAACUGGUGCCUCUUUUGGAGGAAAUCUCCCUCACUUAUCCAGAACCCAUCAUCCAGGAACUCGCUGCCGAUCUCCGCAUCACUAUCUGCACACAUGGUGCCUUUUCCACUGAUGCUGUCAGCUCAGCGGCUCAGAGUGCCUUAGGGAACAAAGAACCCCGGGAGAGGACGUUGGAAAGGAAGCAAGACACAAAAGACGAAAUAAGUUCUGAGGCUCAAAAAGAUCCACUCCAGAGCCAACAGCGGCACAGCGAGAAGCUUCGCCACCGGGACGUCAGUUCUGCGACUCGACCGGUGCAAGAGGCCCGGGAAGUUGCCUCAGUGAGGCAGUCUCCUUUGCCCACUGGUGCUUCUGCAAAUCAGAGUUCCCGCAGUCGGACCCCGGAACAGUUUCACGAAGUUCUUCUGUCUGCCUAUGACCCUGAUAUUCCCGCGAGGGCUGCCGCCUUACGUACCCUCUCUCAAUGGAUAAAGCAGAAAGAUCCAGAAGCACUUAAAAAGCAAGAGAAACUUCUCGGGAUAUUCUUGGAGAAUAUGGAACACGAAGACUCCUUUGUAUAUCUGUCGGCUAUUCAAGGUGUUGCUGUGCUGUCAGAUGUAUAUCCUGAAAAAAUCCUGCCUUGCCUUCUGUCACAGUAUGAGAACAUUGACGUGAAAUGCACACUGGAGACGAGGAUAAAAGUUGGGGAAACAUUGAUGCGAAUUGUCAGGUCACUAGGGGACAUGGUUUCCCAGUACCGAGAGCCUUUGAUCCACACGUUCCUGAGAGGAGCAAAAGAUCCAGAUGGUACCUUCAGAGCGAGCAGCCUGUCCAACCUUGGAGAAUUGUGUCAAAGGCUCUGCUUUAUGCUGGGCUCUGUGGUUCAUGAGGUGACUUCCUGUUUGACCGCAAUAGCUAAAACAGACCCAGAGACCCAAGUGCGCAGAGCAGCUAUCCACGUGGUCGUGCUCCUGCUUCGUGGGCUCAGUCAGAAAGCUACUGAGGUGCUAAGAGAUGUCCUGAGGGACUUGUACCACCUGUUGAAGCACGUUGUUCGUUCUGAGCCAGAUGAAGUGGCCAAACUUCACGCCCAGCUGGCCUUAGAGGAGCUGGGGGAGAUUAUGAGAGGAAUCCUGUUCCCCCCGCGGACGCUGGAGAAGAAGAUAGUCAUCCUGCCGUAGGGAGCCAUCACACAAGGCCUGCCGGGGCGGGGGGCUGUGCAGACAGCAGGACCAAGGCUUACCAGCAACCUUAGAGCAGUCCUUUGGUCUCUCAGCCUCACUGUCUCUUCUGCGCUAUUAAAGUGUAGCUUG